GGCCCGUUAUGGUUCGACUUCCAAAUGUGGGCCUGUUCGGCCUCCUGAACUCUCUCAACAGUCAGACACGGUCGGUGAAUGCGCCUGGCAUAGCUAGCUGUACUACCUUUCAGGGCUCCUCAGCUGAUAAAGCCCCAACGUUUCGUUGCUGUACUGAGAUAUCGCUGAGGUGCGAGGAGCUUGCUGUGAUUUUGCCGUCUCUCACGUCCCGUGGUGUUGUACAACCGGCACAGCCACCAGAUCCAGGCGAUCACCGGCAUCAUGCUGAGGCAAAUCAUUCUAAUCGUGGUCCUGACUGCCGUGUGCAGCUCGGCGACACCUUUCGCUUCCAUCGAGGACACUUUGGACGCCUUCAAACACCUGCUGAGCCUACCGCAGCAGUUCUCUAGAGAUCUGGAGAGCCCAGAAUCUCCGUACGAGUUCAAAUGGGACGACUGCAGUGGUGGCGAGGGAAUCGCUCAGCUGAAAAGCUUGUCUAUCAGCCCGGAUCCUAUCCCACUGCCUGGUAACAUUACUGCCAGUGCAGCUGUCAUCUCAUCAGCUUCCAUCGCUUCACCAAUCAAGGCAUCUGUUGAGCUGUACAAGAAGGUUGGUGUUUGGAUCAAGAUCCCAUGUAUUGACCAGAUUGGCUCAUGUGACUACGAUGACCUGUGCACAUUCCUGCCGUCGGGAGACUGCCCAGAGAUCCUGAAGGAGCACAAUAUCCCUUGCCACUGUCCCUUCGCCGCUGGUAAUUACAGCCUGCCAUCCACGUCCAUCAAUAUCCAGGUCGGCUCUCUGCCCAGCUGGCUGGCAAAUGGUGACUAUCACGGCAAGGCCCAGCUCACCGACUCUGCCGGCAAAACCAUUGCAUGCUUGGAGGCAUACGUUUCCCUCAAGGUUGCCGGCUAAACAGAUUUAGACAACGUUAGGAGAAUUCAGCAAUCAUUCCAGUCACAAUCCACCACACUGUCACAGCAUUUGACCAUGCUUGAGCUGGAAUUUUUAGGUGAAUAAUGGCUUUCGAUGAUGGGUUGAAUUUGGAUUUCAAUUGAUACUUCACAUUUCACUGUUCCCUUUUGGAUGUCUUCAGAGCGAUGAUCGAAGUUAAAUAGAAUAAAUAUAAAUAGAAUAGUCUAGUUCAACUCCUUUAAACUUACUAUGUGUAAUGACUAAAACACUAGUACAAGUGGAACUCUUCACUCUCCACAAGUAGUCAAAUAACUUUCAAUUCUUUACUCCUGCUGCUACUACUGUCACUGCUGUUCAUCAAAUUAAAUUUUUAAAGAACCUUCGCAGGACACCAAAUGGUGGCACCAA